GCAGGUACGCGCUGCUGCCUCUUCACUCGCGCGCAGACGCACGCGCGCACACCGUCUCGCUUGUUUUCUUGCCCAGCGCUGGAUGUGAGGCGUCAGCGUCACCGCCGCAGCCCGUAGACACACGCAGCCCGCGGCCACGCGUUUCUCCACCGCGUCUGGAAGAAGCGAAGCCCGGAUAGCGCAACAUACUGGCACGCCAACAUCUCCCCGCUGCGUUAUCACCUUUCUACGGAGACCAGAUAAGGCCACUCCAUGACAGUCUCGCGUCGCGCACAACGUCUUUGCGCAUCCCACAGCAGCGGCGUCUCAUCUCGGAAUUGCUGAAAAUACUACAAGACAUUUCACAACGCUGAACGCGCCGCGCUAGACCUGCCAUGACCGCAGGGGUUCGUGGAAUGGCUCGAUUGGGGCUGUGUGGGCUUCUAUUCGGGCUGCUGAGGCUCAGCUCGGCUUGUCCUGGGUCGUGCUUUUGCAAUGCCUCGAGGAUCUCGUGUAUCGAUCAAGAACCAGGGAUCGAGGAUUUCCCUGUCUUGGUGCCGGAGUCUGACAUGGAAAACAUCACGGAUAUAUACAUCUCAAAUCAAAAAAGGCUACUUUCAAUCAGUGAGGACCAUAUGAAGUUCUACUCAAAUCUCAGGAAUUUAACAGUGACCAAUACUCACCUGACAUAUGUAUCUACGAUGGCCUUCUUCAACAAUUCCAAACUUCAAUAUCUGAAUCUCAGAGACAAUAACUUAUCAACACUGUCUUGGAGGGCACUUCGUAAUUCAAACUUGUCGACUUUGUUGCUCUCCGGGAACCCUUUGCAGUGUGAAUGUAAGAACAUCUGGAUCAAAGUCUGGUUGGAUGACAGUGAGAGAGAUGAGCUGCUGUGUCUACAGGAAGGAGGAAAAGCAAAAGCCCUGUCUAGACUCACUCUUCCUUCAUGUGAGUAUCCACGUGUCGAGGUCAUCCCUGCUGUUGUCAGUCAAAUGGCAGGAAGUGAUGCCACAGUGAUGUGUAGUGUGUCAGGAGCCCCGACCCCUGAGCUCUCCUGGAGCUUAAACUCCAGUGAUCACCCUCCUCUCUCAACCAGCUAUGAGAUUUCUCACAAAAUGGAGCUGCAGUCUAUUCUGACUCUAAGUGGACUUUCACCUGAUGACAACGGCAGAGAGCUCACCUGUAGUGCCGAGAACAUUGUUGGCCAGACUGAGGCUUCAGUCCUUCUCAAUAUUCUUUUUCCCCCUACUAUCGUGCAGCUGUACCAGCCCGUGAGGAACCAGGACUGGUGCAUCCCUUUCACUGUGACGGGCAACCCGAGGCCUGAUCUGCACUGGUACCAUGAGGGUAAGCUGCUGGAGGAGCAGCAGUACAUCAGGACUGAAAUCCAUGAAAUCACGGAUACGGAGUACCACGGCUGUCUGCAGCUGGACAUUCCCACUCAUAUCCAUAAUGGCAUUUACACGCUGGUGGCUAGCAAUGAGUUCGGAGAGGACAGGGGAAACGUGUCGGCGCACUUCAUGCACAUACCUGAUGUGGACCACUCAGGGACAGAGGGAGUGUUCUAUUAUGACACAACAUUUAGUCCAGAAACCCCGCCACUGGAGGACAAAGUCGCGGUUUAUAUAGUGGUUGGAAUAGCUGGGGUUGCUUUAACCGGAUGUAUCCUGAUGUUAGUUUUCCUCAAGUAUGGCAGAAGCUCCAAGUUUGGUAUGAAAGGCUCUUCAUCUGUCAUCAGUAAUGAAGACGACUCGGCCAGCCCGCUUCACCACGUUUCCAAUGGCAACAACACGCCAUCAUCAUCGGAGAUGGGCCCAGAUGCCGUUAUCAUCGGAAUGACAAAGAUUCCAGUCAUCGAGAACCCCCAGUACUUCCGCAACCCUGGCAGCAUGCUGAAAUCGGACACUUUCGUCCAACACAUAAAACGUCACAACAUUCUGCUGAAGAGGGAGCUUGGAGAAGGGGCUUUUGGGAAAGUGUUCUUAGCUGAAUGCUACAACUUGUCUCCUGACCAAGAGAAGAUUUUGGUGGCUGUUAAGACUCUGAAGGAAGCCAGUGAAAGUGGACGAGCAGAUUUUCACCGAGAGGCAGAGCUCCUGACCAACCUGCAGCAUGAGCACAUAGUCAAGUUUUAUGGCGUGUGUGUAGAAAGCGACCCUCUCAUUAUGGUGUUUGAGUACAUGAAACAUGGAGACCUCAACAAGUUUCUCAGGGCUCAUGGACCAGAUGCAGUGCUGAUGGCAGAUGGACAACAGAGUUUGCAGGUGGAGUUAACUCAGCCUCAGAUGCUGCACAUUGCCCAGCAGAUAGCAGCAGGCAUGGUGUAUCUAGCUUCACAGCAUUUCGUGCACAGAGACCUGGCCACACGCAACUGCCUGGUGGGAGAGAACCUGCUUGUCAAGAUAGGAGACUUCGGCAUGUCCAGAGAUGUGUACAGCACCGACUACUAUAGGGUGGGUGGUCACACCAUGCUGCCCAUCCGCUGGAUGCCCCCAGAGAGCAUCAUGUACAGGAGAUUCACCACAGAGAGUGACGUGUGGAGUUUGGGUGUGGUCCUCUGGGAAAUAUUCACAUACGGCAAGCAACCCUGGUACCAGCUUUCAAACAACGAGGUGAUCGAGUGUAUCACACAGGGUCGGGUGUUGCAGAGACCUCGUACUUGCCCCAAAGAGGUGUAUGACCUGAUGCUGGGCUGCUGGCAGAGGGAGCCCUACAUGAGACUCAACAUCAAAGAAAUCCACAACCUGCUCCAGAGCCUGGCCAAGGCCUCGCCUGUUUACUUGGACAUCCUGGGCUGAUCCGUUUGCCAGUAUGGGUGUGUAAUUGUUAGUAAGAAAAAGUGUGUGUGAAUGUGUGGUAUAAAAGGAGUUAGGGAUGGUUUCGAUUAGGAUGAGUUGAUUGAAUAUAGAUGUGGGUGCGUCUCUGUGUGUGUGUGUUCAUAAAAAUGGCUUGUGCUUCAGCACUCUAACCACAUGGACUAAAAGGCCUUAAAGUUGACUGUGUGCAUUGCUUUGAGUUUUCACACAUCUGGACAUGUCCAUCUAUCGUGCAUCAAUAUGUUUUCUAAAAAACCCAAAUAGUCUACAAACAGAAACAUCUGAUUGUUGUAAAUAUGCGUCAAAGACAAUGCAGACCUUUUGUUUAACAACCUUUUUUAAAAAGGUAAUUUGGUUUAGGGAAGUUUAUAUUUGUUUUUCUCUUACCAUUUUGUUUAUCGAGAUGGACAAAAUUCAGACUUGAUGAGGACCCAGUCAUUAGCACAACGCUGUCAACGCCCUGGCGUCAUUCUGGCAGACUUUACGCAGAUCGCAAUACUAUUCAUACCGCAAACUAUCGAGUAACAAUCAUGGAAACUGCCAGAUUCAUGUUUCAUUUGAAGUUUUUUUUUAACACAUCUGAUCUAAUUUUAGACUUUUCUGUGCCAAGUUUUGAUGUCUAUAAUGCUGAGGUCGAGGAAAGGCGUUUUUGGACAUCUCUGUGCGCCCCAUCUUACUCAGCGCGAACUUCGUUAUAGAAGCACAGCGACAAAGACGCCUCCAGUUUUUGUUUUUUUUCUUCGGAAGAGGCUUGAGGUUGGACAGAGUGUUUGGAGUGAUCACAGAGACAAAGUCACCAGCAGUGGCACUUAGGUAUUUCCUCAGACUUUGUUUGGCUCCCCAGCCAUAGAAGGAAUAUCAAAGGGCACUUUGUCUCUCUAACUGAGGUUCGAAGAACAAUGGGAAGAUGCUGUUCUUGUGUCAAUGGUAACGGUCUCAUUUUUUUUACGUUAUGGUGCUUACACACUAAAAAACAUUUUGACGGAAGGCUUGAUGGGUAGAAAUCUGCAAGAUUGUGUUUCUGAGGGUGUGGAAAGAGCCAUUCAUCCUGGAUAUUUCCCUGCCUUUCCAGCAUCCCUGCGACCCUACAUCGGACAAGCGGUUUUGGAUUAUGGAUGGAUGGAAAGAGCCAGGGCUGUUUGAAAUAAAGCAGAAAUACAGCCAAUUGGAUUUCUGAAAGCACAAUUGGAUCCGCCUCCCUGGGAUUCUCAGUAGUCAACAGAUCCCUGCGACCGUGCAUUACAGCCAAAGUACAAAUUCCCUCCACUUUUGGUCACAGAACCGAUCAUCGAAAUCAACAAAUUCCCAGCAUUCUCCGACGUAGCGUGAACUAAUGUGUAGGCACCCUUAAUCGUCAUCAUGUUGAAAUUUGAUGGACUUUGCCUUUGCGAAGACU